CCUUUCUGUGGCGCGCGAGAUUUACCGUAAUACCAACUCACACCCCGCCGCGGGCCACACUCCUGUUACCUGUCGUGUUUGUUGACGUUGUAACCACUACAGUGGAUUUGGGUCAAGGGUUGUAACGGUUCAACGGGACACAGAAAGCAUUUCUAAAAAGACGAUGCGGGAAGACGAUUCCUCCCCAAUGGAUAGCGCUGGCAACAGCGAGGAGGAGACCGACCGCCAGCUGCCGCGGAGAGGCGCGAGGAAAAGGCGGACGGUACGGAGGAGCACGGACGAAGAGGAGGAGGGAGACGUGGAGAGCCCCUGUCCCGGGAAAAAGAAAUGCAGAAAGAGCGGCGACGGAGAGGGAGGUAGCACCGGGAGCGGCGGCAGCGAGGCCAGCAGUAGCCCCGCGCGCUCAUUCGACGAUCUACAGACGCAGCGCGUGAUGGCCAACAUCCGCGAGCGGCAACGAACGCAGUCCCUCAACGAGGCAUUCACCUCGUUACGUAAGAUCAUUCCCACCCUACCCUCUGACAAACUCAGCAAGAUCCAGACCCUGAAGUUGGCAGCCCGGUACAUUGACUUCCUUUGCCAAGUUCUACAGAGUGACGAGCUGGACGCGCGAGGGACCAGCUGCAGCUACGUGGCGCAUGAGCGCCUGAGCUAUGCGUUCUCAGUCUGGAGGAUGGGGGGCGCGUGGUCCUUGUCUACUACGUCCCACUAGCAGUGCUGCUGCUGGUGACACAGCACGAUUACCCAGACUGAAGAACCAGUGGAUCAGGCAAACUCUUCGGAUAGAAUAAAACAGGCCAAACACACCUGGGCCCCAGUCUCAGCUGCUGUGCUUCAGGCCUCAGAGGAAAGCAGCCUUUUCAUAUUUCCCUUAGCACAGACUGAAAUGUUUGCAAGGGAGCACUUAGGACAGACAGGACGGAUAUGAAGAAAGAAAGACCACUGCGACUAUGAAUGUUGUAAAAACAAAACUCCGGGCUAUAACAAACGGCUCUGUUUUGAAACACGAGAGAAAGAUGACAAUUCAUUCCACAUUCCCUGUGACAGCGUUUCACAGAAAAUGAAGUAUUUUGUAUUUAUUUUUCUACACAGGUCUGAAAUUCCUUUCCCCCUUUCAAAUAAAGGUUAUUUAUUUUUACAGUAUCACAGAAUUCCAAAUGGAUCUAGAGUCUUUGCAUUUUGAGUGUUGUAAAUAUUUGCUAAUAUCUUGAAUAAAAUUAUGAAAGUAUCUUA